AUGAGCCAGCUUGACUCAGCCGCCGAGGAGACCGUCGAUGAGCUACUGCCAGCUCUCAAAACUUCCCCCUUCGGCCAGUCAAAGAAGUUCGACCGCGAGGAGACAGUCGGCGGGCGCAAGCUACUCCACGGUCCAGGCCGACAUUACCGCAGGCUUAUUGUUCCCUCGCUCGCUGCCCAGGGUGAUCGAUCCGUUUUCUUCCCUGGAUUUAUCCACGCAAUUUAUACGCCCAUGGUCUCCGAGAAUGCCUGGUCGCGCAAACAAUACGUGGCGCAGGGCACGAAGCAUGCCUACGCUAUUUAUGACUUUCUUCCCUAUAUCGAUACACUAUUCAAGGACAUUGGUGUGAACCCCAACCGCAAGAAAUUCUCCUUGACCAGCCUUUUUACGCCGGUCUACCCCAGAGAGUAUAAGGGCAUAGCCAAUGAGUUCUGCAAGGCGGUAGCCAAGAGACAUGGUCUGAAUUCAACGGCUGCCAGCAUACCUGGAGCUGCGGCACCAGGAUCCAACGGAAAGGGCGAGGAUUCAGGGGUCUUCAAUGGGUUUAGCACAGCUACCGUUGCUAUCAAUGGUUAUGCAACUGGCAUAUCACUUGAUGGAGGCCAUAAAUCAUCUCUGAAACCAUUCAACAGUACGGAAAUACCAUGACGGAAUCACCUAGGAGGCGUGAUACUAGCUAUGAUACAUACCCAUGACUUAACGCUAGUUCAGUGCUCAUAUCUUUUGCGUUGCAAGGGAUACCUAAGUUAUUGGUCACCGCAGGAUCAGGUAUGGGAGACAUUGAAAUCGCGGUGAAGUCUUCUAGACAGUGGUUGAUGUCAAAAGGUAGUGAGAUGGCAUUGGAGUACCCAGUGGACGCCCUCCACGAAGAGAUUAAAGAGAAAAGGGACUGUUGAGUGGGAUGAAUGUCAGAAUAUGUGAAUUGGGAUGGAUUUCAGCCA